UCAUUCGACAAAGAAUUAGCAGAGAAAGCAAAGCAAAGCAGAGAGCCAUGUACAGAGCUUAUGGAUUUCCUCCUUUGUUCCUUCUCCUCACUCUCUUCCUCUCCCUCUCAUCUCUCCCAAACCCAUCAACUGCAGACACCAAUUCCUUCAUCUACGGUGGUUGUUCUCAGCUCACAUACUCUCCGGGCUCAGCUUACGAGUCCAACCUCAACUCGCUCCUCACCUCGCUUGUCAACUCAGCCACCUACUCUUCUUUCAACAAACUAACCUUCUCCGGCUCUACCCAACAAGACGUUGUUUACGGUCUCUACCAAUGCCAAGGCGAUCUCUCCAUGCCCGAUUGUUCCAACUGUAUUCAACGAGCAGUGAGUCAACUCGGUAUCCUCUGUCCGAGUUCUACGGGUGGCGCAGUACAGUUGCAAGGCUGCUUCAUCAAAUAUGAUAACACAUCUUUCUUGGGUGUGGAAGACAAGACGGUUGUCGUGAAGAAGUGUGGACCGCCGGUCAGUUAUGAAUCGGACCUGAUAAGCCAGAGGGAUGCGGUGUUGAACGGUCUGGCCAGUGGUGGUGGGUUAUACCGGGUCGGUGGGUCUGGGGAAGUACAAGGUGUAGCUCAGUGUGUGGGUGACCUGAGUGCCAACGAAUGUCAGGAUUGCUUGUCGUCUGCGAUCGGACGGCUGCGGAGCGAGUGUGGUGCAGCGGCGUACGGUGAUAUGUUCUUGGGUAAGUGUUAUGUGAGGUAUUCCACCGGUGGAGAUCAUUCCCAUGGGAGCAACGGUUCUUCUUCUUCUUCUUCUCAACAAAAUCAGACUUCAAAGACUCUCGCGAUUAUUAUUGGAAUGUUGGCUUUGGUUGCUCUGAUCAUAAUUUUUGUUUCUUUCAUAAGCAGAGCCAUUGAAAGGAGAAAUAGUGGAGGUAAAUAAUAAUUAAGUGGAAGCUCCUGUAACUUGGCUUUCGGUGGCUCUUUUGAUUCACUUUUCUUCCAUGCUUUUCUACAUUUCUUUCUGUUGAUCUUUUUGGAGUUUCUUUUGUGUUUCCUUUCAAAGGGAGACUGAUAAAGAGAAGAAGAAAGGAAGGAUGAGUGGAAGCAGUUACCUUGGUACAAGUGACAAAAGUUUAGAAAGUUGUGAGGAGAAAGGAGAAGCCUAAGAUUCCACAUUCUCCCCACCCCCCACUUAACAAAGUUGUCCUAAAACUGUGUAGAAAGCAAAAAUGCAAAUUCUUUUGUGAAAGUGCAGAUGAUAUAUAAUGUGGAAUGUCUGUUUUAGUUAGGU